AUGGCUUCUUCGAAAGAUUCGAAUUGGAAUAGUUUUGAUGACGAUUCAGCGUUAUUAUUUAAUCUCGAUGAUGGUGUCGAAAAUAAUAAAAUUGCGCGCACACAAUGCGCCAAAUCUGAAGAUUUACAAAGUACGGUCGGGUGGAACAAUUUUCAGGUGAAUAAUGCAGAAAAUGGCGAAUAUCUUGAAGGUCAAAAUCAAAUGCUUAUGUUCAAGAUCAAAAAUCUUGAAAAAGAAAAUGCGCGGUUGCUUUCUCAGAAUAUUUCGACUCAAGAAAGAUAUGAAAAAAUCUUAAAAGAAGAGUCUAUGCAGCAUAAAAAACGUGAACAAAAUUUAUUAGAUGCCUUGGCUUCACAGACUCAGGACGAUAAAACAAAGAACUUCCGUCAAAGGUUGAUUAUUAAUUCUACUGGUGGAAAAGACAGCGAAUACGAAACGCAAAGUUCGAAUAUUCAGAAAUCGUUUCCAAGUUCUAAGCCUGAUUGUUUGCAAAUUAAAAAAGCAGAGAUCCCUUCUCGGCGCUUUGGAGUGCCUUUCCCAAAGAACUUAGAUGAAAUGCAUAAUUUACACAACAUUUUCAAACAUCCAAGAAGGAUUUCUGAUGAUAUACAGAUGACUUUCCCUUCAUAUCCAAGCCAAGCAAAUUGUAUUACGAAACAGGCUGAUAACAAAGUUUUCAAUUCAUCAUUAACCCAAUCGAUUUUUGGAGCUAUGUGGACGAUAUAUUGCAAUUAUGAACAUCCUGAUUUUUGGGGGAAUGAUCCAUUUUUUGCACUGAAAAAAGUAACAGGACUCAAUAAUUGCGAAAAAGUUGUUCAUUUAAUUAGUGAGGAAGAUUUAAUCGCUUAA